UGAGUGAUAGAGUAGUGGGCGUCAGUACCAGACAACCCAGUCAGUUGGCGAGCUCCCUGCCGGCUCUCGCCAUGGCCUCCAGCGAGCAGCAAGAACACGCAGUGGCGCUGCUCCAGCCCAAGGUAGGAGAAGCAUACACCACGGAUGGGUCUCUUGACAUCGACGGCAACCCGGCGCUGAAGCAUCGCACCGGUGGAUGGAGGGCAUGCCGGUUCAUUAUUGGCACCGAGUUCUGCUACUGCUUGGCCUACUAUGGCAUCAUGUACAACCUCGUCACCUACCUCACCACCGUGCUGCACCAGAGCAAUGUCGCCGCGGCCAAGAACGUGUCCACGUGGCAGGCCACCUGCUUCCUCACGCCGCUGGCCGGAGCCGUCGUGGCGGACUCCUACUGGGGAAGGUACCGGACCAUGGUCGUCGGCUGCUGCGUCGGCGUCGCUGGCAUGCUCAUGGCGGCUCUCUCGGCGCUUCUGCCGCUCCUGAUGGAGGAGAUAUCUACUCCAGUUCAAGAGUUCAUCUUGUUUCUUGGCCUGUACAUGCUUGCCUUCGGGGUGGGUGGGCUCCGGCCGUGCCUGAUGUCCUUCGGCGCCGACCAGUUCGACGCCGGCGACCCGUCGGAGCGCAUGAGCAAGGGCUCCUUCUUCAACUGGUACAUGUUCACCCUGAACUGCGGGUCCGUGAUCUCCACCUCCGGCAUGGUGUGGGUGCAGGACCACUACGGGUGGGCACUGGGCUUGGCGAUUCCGGCGAUGGUCCUCUCCGUCGGGCUCUCUUGCCUGGUCGCCGCGUCGCGGGCGUACAGGUUUCAGAGAAACCGUGGUAGCCCGCUCACCAGAGUCUGCCAGGUCGUCGUCGCCGCCGUCUGCAAGUUCAACGUCGCGCUGCCGGCCGACAUGGCCCUUCUCUACGAGCUACCGGAGGACGCCUCCGUCAUGAAAGGAGUUCAGAGGAUCGAGCACACCUCCGAUCUCCGGUUCUUCGACAAGGCCGCCGUCGUGACGGCGUCUGAUGAGGAGGCGGCGGGCACUGCGCCGUGCAAUCCAUGGAGGCUUUGCGUCGUGACGCAGGUGGAAGAGCUCAAGAUUCUCGUCCGGAUGCUGCCCCUGUGGGCGUGCAUUGCCUUCUUCUACACCGGGACGGCGCAGGUCAAUUCGACGUUCGUCGAGCAGGGCAUGGCGAUGAACACCCACGUCGUCUCCCUCCGAGUCCCGCCGGCCUCGCUGGUCACCUUCCAAAUGCUCACCACCAUCACGCUGAUCCCUCUCUACGACCGCGCGUUCGUGCCGGCUGCCAGGAGGCUCACCGGGAGGGAGAAAGGCAUCUCAGAGCUACUGAGGAUCGGCGCAGGCCUCGCCAUGGUCGCGCUCGCCAUGGCCGCCGCGGCGAUGGUCGAGACGAAGCGCGCCCGUGCGGCGCAGGCGGGGAUGGAGCCCACCAGCAUCCUCUGGCAGGCACCGCAGUUCGUGCUCGUGGGCGUCGGCGAGCUGCUCACCACCAUCGGGCAGCUGGACUUCUUCUACAGCCAGGCGCCGCCCGCCAUGAAGACGGUGUGCACGGCGCUCGGGCUCCUCGCCGUCGCGGCGGGCGACUACCUGAGCUCCCUCGUCGUGACGGCCGUGUCGUGGGCGACGACGACAGGCGGCCGUCCAGGGUGGAUCCCCGACGACCUCAACGAGGGGCACCUUGAUCGCUUCUUCUGGAUGAUGGCUGGCCUCGGUUGUCUGAAUCUUGUGGCGUUUGCGAGCUGCGUCAUGAGGUACAAAUCAAGGAAGGACUGUUGAUUUUUCAUGUCUUAUUUGGGAUGGUUGCAACUUGCAGUUCUGUCGGAUGCAUAUGGACCAUAUAUAUUUACAUUGAAGAUAUUAGUCCAAAAUACACAGUACGUAUAUGAUUAGAAACUGAAAAAUAGAAGAAUUGUAUAUUGAUUAAUACUCAGUUUCAUAUUAUAAAAUGUUUAACACCUAUCAUACAUCCUUAGGGUAGGCGGCGAAAACACGCAUGUAACUUAGAACAAAAUUGAGCACAGCGGUGCUGAGGCUAGUCAUCACAGUAUCACACCCCUCCCCCUCAAAUUUUUUCAUAUUUUUUAUGACUAUUUAGAUGACAUGUAAGUACAUGGGUGUAUCUACACCUGUGUGUUAAAAACUGUUCCUCCCUCUGCUCUUGAUGUAUCUUGCA